AUGCGGUUGGCAGUCGAUGUGCACGUUAUCAAAAAAGGCUCCCCGCCGCUGGUUGCCAUGUCGGUUCUGAGCGAUACUCGUAUGAAACUUAUCCUGCAUACGGUGUUUAUUCAUCAUUCUGAAACAGCCAACAUUGAUGGCCGCGUGGAUGUCGAGGCACUGAAUCGUCAUCUUCAGUGGAUGUCGAAAGAGACAUUACCAGUGUAUUCACUGGUUACCAACCGUAAUCCUGCUCUCGCAGCGCCUGUGAAAGAGUUUGAACCGAAGCUAGGCCCGAUCCGACAUCUCUAUGACACAUCACUGAUGGUGAACUGGUUGGAAACCGAACUCCGUAAGGUGGCUCAGAGAGAAGGCUGUUCGUCCAUUCUGCCGUGUAUAGAAAAGGUGAAAACGAUACUAUGGAGCGCAGUUGAAUUUUCACCCGAAUUCAGCUCACAAGUACCUCAUCGUUUCAACGCAUGUCUAGGCUACGUUAGAGAUCCGAAGGAAUACACCCCUACUAGUUCCUCUGCAAAUAGCAGUACCGCAAAUGGCCAUACGGAAAAAGCAAAUGUUCCCCGAUUGGAAGGUGACGCCUUCAAGAGCUUCCGAGAUGUGGUACUGAACAAGCGAUUCCAACGAGACUUGCUCAAAGCCAGUCCAGCCGGUGAUGGUGUUCCUCUACGCCAAUUUCAAAACGCUCUGUAUAAGAUCUACUGUAGGAAAGAUAUUGACUAUCCGAUCACUGUCUAUCCGGUCUUCAUGAAGAUGGCUGAAAUGCACAUAAAUACGCUAAGACUUGCUGAGCUGUCAGGUGCUAGAAAAGUCGAACGAGUAGAGGAACGGGAUGGACCCCGAGGAAAGACUCUGGUGAAAUUCAAAACGCCAGUAGUCCACUCAUGGAGGGAUAACGUCCUCCAAAAAGUUCUGGCCCAUCGAGCACGGAUGUUAAGAGACGAUGUCGAUGACAUAGACGAAAAUUCUCAAGAACUUAUUGAAGCGAUCGAGGCCGAAGACGCAUACGAUGAUCUCGCUUAA